AUGUCAAGUGUUAAUACAACAUCAAUUACAUCAACUGGACCAUCAAGAGCAGCUGUAAUUGCUGCACACUAUUCAUUAACAUUAGUCAUCGUUGGUACUUUACUCAAUAUUAUAACAUUCAUUAUUCUAUGUCAAUCAACAUUCAGAAACACAAGAACAAGACCAACACUUCAUUAUAUGAGAGCAAUGGUUAUAUUUGAUAUCCUAAUGUUAUACGGAUGGAAUAUUGAUCAUUAUCUUGGUACCAUCCAUGGAUUUGCUCUUCAAGAAUUAACAAUACCUCUAUGCAGAUUUUUUUCCUUCCUUAAUUAUUUUGCUGCGCAAUCAUCAGCUUGGCUUCGUGUCUUUGUUUGUUUGGAUCGAUAUUUAUCAUUAAGUCGUCUUCAUCGAACAUGGUUUGGUCAAUCGAAGAAUGUUCUUAUUAUAAUAGCGUGUAUUAUGAGCAUUCUUCUGCUUCUCAACUUUCAUUUUUUUCUUUUUAUUUGCUAUUAUACAGCAGAUGGUACGAUUAGUGUUUCAUCUUGGCUGUAUGUUGUCUAUCCAUUAUGGGAUUAUGUUAAUUUAGGAGUAUACAAUUGUGUACCAUUUAUAUUCAUGGUUACAUUUAAUAGUGGUGUUAUUUAUCAUUUAAUUCAUCUUCGUCAUACAAGUACUAUACAAAAUUCACGCAUUCAACAUCGUUCCAUUUCAUUUACAUUGGUCAUAACAACAUUUUUGUUCCUAAUUAUGACUAUACCAGCUACUGUAGGCUUUGCAUUUUUUUCCGAAUCGAAUGUUACCGUUUUGUAUUUGUUGGAUGGUCUUCUUUAUACUUAUCAUAUAUUAUCAUUUCCAUUGUAUAUGAUUAUAUUUGAUGAAUUUCGACUAGAAUUUUUUUAUAUGGUUACAUGUAGGAGAAACAACCGAACAGUUGCAUCGCAAACACGAACGGGUACCGUAGUACAAACAUUGAAUACAGCAAAAAUUAUGGCCAAUACUUGA